AUGGAAGCUAUAGUAAAGAGCGCUAUACAGCAAUUUUGUGAAGAAAAUAACAUCUUGAAGGAUUUUCAACAUGACUUCCGGAGAGGACGUUCCUCUCUCUCAAAUCUGCUAGCUUGUCUGGAGAUCUGGACCAGGGCUCCAGAAGAGGGUUUUGAGGUCGAUGUCGUGUACAUCGAUUUCCGCAAAGCUUUUGACACUGUUCCGCACCAACGCCUUUUUCACAAAUUGAGCACAAUCGGCAUCCGGGGAGAUCUUCUGAACUGUAUUAGGGCGUUUCUGGUUGGUCGGAAACAACGUUUCUGUAUCGAGGAUGAUAUGUCAGAAUGGGUGAAUGUGACCAGUGUUGUGCCGCAAGGCUCAGUUCUGGGACCAGUGCUCUUCAUCCUUUACGUUAACGACCGCCUUCAGGAACUCGACUGCGGCAAAAUAAUGUUUGCAGACAAUGUCAAGCUCUGGCAAGUCAUUAAGGGACCGAAUGAUCAAAGAUCCCUUCAAGGUAAUCUGCACCGACUGCAAGCGUGGUCGAAGAAAUGGCUUCUAGAUUUCAAUGUGGAGAAGUGUGCCGUCCUUCAUCUGCGUCCAGGUUUGCUGAGCCCAACUGAGCACGACGGAAUUAUUCUGCGCUCCAACUGGGACAAUUUCGACUUGGUUACCAUUCCACAGUUACAGUCUCUGACAUUGAUACUGGAACCGUACGUACAGAAUUACUUUGUGCAUGUUUGGAAUAUUUUUUCACGCAUCGAAAUUCGCCUGGAACCUGGAUUAAGUGCAAUUUGUUUAUCAGCACGGUCCAACUGACAACGCAACUGGCUACGCAACCGAUUCGCGGAUAUACAGCCUAGAAAACCAAUCGCUCAAAAUCCUUCAAGGUCUGCAGUUAUUCAAGUCCCACGAGAUGCGCAAAGGCUAAGUCACUUCUGAUUAAAUUCCACAAAAUUUAUCGGAUUUUAAGUAUUUUUUGCUUAUUGAGUUUUGAAUACUCACUUUAAUUCAUCAUAUAUAAGCCGACGUAUUCGUUAUAACAUCGAAAGCGAAAUUAUACCUAUUAUAUCACGACGAAGUUUAUGGAUUCUCAGCAAGCUAACAGUAAUUGUACGGCCAGCGACGGCACGUCUUUGGAAGAUAAGUCCGGUGAGUUGUCCUUCGCAUCCAGAACCUGUGCUCGCUCUACCUUCGCCUCCAGACAACGACCAGCAAAGCGUGCAAAAAGCGUAAAUACCGCAAAAGUGCGAGGUACGAAGACGAGCCUUGUGUUGGGUGCGCAGAUAUUCAAAUCAAAGUAGAAAAACUGGAAAAGGAGCUUGCUGAUUUAAGGACGCUCGUGAAACAGACCGUAGUCGGCCAGAACGUGUCCAGUGUUAGAAUCCCAAAAACGAAGAGCAAAACGCAAAAAACGCGAAAAAAUAUCUCCUCGGGAGAAUCUUCAAACACGGGUAACAACUCAACAGCCAAAACCGCAGACGCCCGUAACAGCAGGACAAUGAAAACGAAGCCGCCGAUAAAGGGCGACUCGAUUCCCACGCACGAUGUCUUAAGCGAUGUCGCAAAAAAAUUACCCGUCGCGGAAGCCAUCUCACCUGAGCCUCUUGCUGUAAAUGACGGUAAUUCUCUUCUGCCUGGAGACGAUAUACCUGGGUCAUCCAGUCUACUGUUGCCCGCUUGUUCUGCCAACCACCCCGAGCGCACUACAGAGCACGUAUCUGAAUGCGAAGACAUAAACCCGUGGGUAGAGGGGAGAGGGAAACGCCAUGACAGGAUUCUGAAGUCACAGCCAGCCCUGAUGGGUUGCUCGGGACAGUCGGUAGACAGUAAAAUUGUGCGUCCAAGCGAUGAGUCCGUAAAUCGUCCUCGCCCACAUGCAGCGCAUUCACCGGAAAGACAGAGUAAAGAGGACCAUGCUCGCCAGCAGUGUCUGGUUAUUCAGGGUUUGUCAGAAUCGAAUGCAGUCAGACCUGAAGACCGUGUCUCAGAGGACCUUGCUUCUUUUCAUGGUCUGCUAAAUCAUUUACUGCCGGCAGACAUGGAAAUAAAGGUUCUGAAAGCAUUCCGGAUAGGAAAAAGGAGUGAAGACAGGACAGUAGCACAACCACCUCGCCCCCUCAAAAUUAUGCUGGAAAACAAAGAGCAAAUCAAGUUUAUCCUCUCUAAAAAAACCGAUCUCAAAAACACACACAAGCAGGUUUUUUUUCAACCGGACUAUUCACCAGCGGAACGGCUGAAACGCCGGGAACUUGUCCUGGAGUUAAAAUCAAGACUGAAGGAUGGCGAACACAAUCUGGCUAUCAUCAGGGGGAAGGUAGUUCGGAAAUAUAUGCCGUUUCAGUGGAAUCAGCCUGUAAUACUACGAACGACGACAGCUACUCAGCUAACACAUACACCUUCGUUGAACCACCUGCUCAAGGCGGCAACACAAGUGAGCCAGUAGCGUCCAGUGAUCUGACUGGAACAAGGCAUGUAAAUGGAACCAAUCAGGUAACGGAAGAGCCUAGAGAACACGACGUCCGCGAUAACGGAGUAAUGCUCACAGCAGUAACAAAUGCAACGGGAAAUUCGGCUGGUGCUAAACUGAGGUGCUUGUACACGAAUGCCCAAAGCCUCAUAUCGAAACUAGACGAACUAAAACUUUGCCUUGUUGAGCUGUCUCCAGAUGUUUUAGCAGUAACUGAGACCUGGCUGUCCGGGAAUAUUAGCGAUAACGAAGUAGCCUUGCCUGGAUACCAAAUUUAUCGGAGGGACAGGGAACAUCGUCAGGGUGGUGGUAUCGUUGUGUAUGUGAAUGACGGUCUGACAGUGUCGGAUAACACCACCAAGUUUGUGUGCAGUACGGAAGCUAUCUGGUUGACCAUCAAGGCUACCGGUUCCCCGUGUCUCGAUGUCCUCACUGUCUACCGACCACCUAGGACAGACCGAAUCGCCGACACUCAAAUAUUGGAGCAGUUGGAGAAAUUUUCCAGUCGACCUAACAUCAUGAUUAUGGGCGACUUCAACGCACCAGGAACAAACUGGAAUACCCUCCAAGCGUCAGGUCCAAAAUCGGCAUUCGAUUACCGCCUGUUGAGCAAAACAUUAAAUGCGUGCCUCACACACCAUGUAAUGUUCCCAACGAGAACACGUGAAGGACAAAGGGCAAACUGCCUGGAUCUGGUCUUUACGAAAACACCAGACAGCAUAGACGAGAUCGCCUCCAGGCCGCCCCUUGGCCGAAGUGACCACGUAGUGCUUAUGUGGGAUUAUUCGUUAUUCUCCAUUUCACAUACUCCAGACCACAAAAGGCGUAAUGUUUGGCGGGGCAACUUCAAUCAGAUGUGGGCAGACUCAUCCGGUCUUGACUGGGGCUCAUUGUUUACGGGAAGUGCCAACGAUGACUGGGAGCUGUUCAAGAAUGUCCUUCUGCAGCUCAUCAACAACCACUGCCCACUGACUAGUGUAAGACUGAACAAACGCCCUGGGUGGCUAAAUAGCAACCUCAAGAAAGGAAUCAACAGGAAGCACAAAUUGUGGAGAAACUACUGCGUUACUAGACAAGCUGAAUGCUUCAACAUCUACAAGACACAGAGGAACAAACUGAGGAAGGUGAUAAUGCAGACGCGGCGGGAAUUCGAGAAGAAUUUGCUACAAAAAGCAACGCAGAACCCAAAAUUGCUCUACAGCUACCACCGACGAACUACAAGGAACAGGCACCAAAUCCCCUUGAUAAAGACUACUGAUAGCGUUGAGAUCGCUGAUAGUAGGGAUAAAGCUGCGUGUUUUUCACGGUUUUUCCAAUCAGUCUACACAAACGAGGCAAGGUUCCUUCCUCCCUCCACAGAAGAACUGCCGACUCCAAGCGUCAGUGAUAUACUCUUCUCAGAAUGCAUUGUCCGAAGAGAAUUAGAGGCAUUGAACGAAUCGAAGUCGUCAGGACCAGACGAGAUUCCAUCGAAGCUUCUGAAGGAACUUGCCAGUGAGCUCUCUGUGCCUUUGUCGAUGCUCUUUCAAACGUCAUUUGACACUGGAACACUUCCUAUGGAUUGGAAGCUGGCGCAUAUUACUCCGCUACACAAAGGAGGUAACAGGGCAGCAACGACAAAUUACCGGCCCAUAAGCUUAACAUGCAUUCUAUGCAAAGUUAUGGAAAGGAUCAUAAAGACUGAACUGAUGCAAUUCCUGGAAGUUCGCGGCCUGCUAUCGAAAUGUCAACAUGGCUUCCGGAAAGGAAGAUCCUGCAAGAGAAACUUGCUGCAAUCUCUCCAGAUCUGAACCCGAGCUCUCGACGACCGGCACGCGGUCCACCUAGCCUUCAUCGACUUCCAGAAGGCUUUCGACACUGUGCCACACCAAAGGCUCUUACAUACGCUGAAAAAAUAGGGAUAGGUGGCAACUUCCUUAAAUGGAUAGAAAACUUCCUUUUGGGUCGACACCAGGUUGUGUGCAUCGGUCGGGGAAAAUCAGAUCUUAUUACGGUGGAGAGUGUUGUCCCCCAGGGUUCAGUGCUGGGAUCCGUUUUGUUCCUUAUCUACGUGGACGAUGCCGCAAGAGAUUUAGACUGUGAAGUAGCAAUGUUUGCGGAUGACAUGAAGAUAUGGAGUGUACUUCGGGGUCCUGCCUACGACGACAGAAUGCAGAUGAACCUGAAUUGUUUGGAGAAGUGGUCAAACCGUUGGCUCCAGCGGUUCAGCGUUGCCAAAUGUAGCAUACUUCGCCUAGGCAACACAGCCAGAUCCGCCAGCACAAGAGGCUACUUUCUGGGCGGUGCAGCCCUACAAGAGGUCGAAGCCCAAAAGGACCUCGGUGUGAUGACGACAAGUUCCCUAAAACCAUCCGCCCACUGUUCGAGGGUGGCAAAAAGCGCAAUGUCCGUACUGUACGCCAUCAAGCGUGCGCUUAUGGACUUUGACGAAGAAGCUUUCUCAAAAACAUUCGGAACAUUCGUCCGGCCGCAUUUAGAGUACGGCAUACAAGCUUGGAGGCCGUGGGCUGUUGUGGAUCAAAGCUGCCUCGAAAGAGUCCAGAGGAGAGCCACGAAGAUGGUUAGGGGUCAAAGCUCCUUUCCUUAUGCAACCCGCCUAGUAAAUCUGAACCUCUUUCCUUUGAGUUACAGGCAACUUCGCGGGGAUCUUUUGCAAGCCUUCCGCAUUGUAAAGGGGUUGGAUUGCAGUCUGGCCUUCGAGGACUUUUUUGAAUUUGCUACCUUGACCAACCUCCGAGGUCACCCGUUAAAACUGCGCACUCAGCAGGCACGGCUGGAUGUGCGGAAGUUCUCCUUCUCGGUUCGGGUGGUCAAACCAUGGAAUGCUCUUCCCGCAGAUGUUGUGAUGUCACCAUCUAUACGAAGUUUUAAGAAUAAUCUGGACUUAUUUAUGUUCCGAAAUGACCAAGAGCGAUGAGAAGUAGAGCUCACGCCCUGCAACUCGUUUUCAUUUUGUCCCACCAUUAUGGGCGUGUUCGAACUAUUUCAGCCCAGAACAUCUAUCUGUACACCACAAAUUUUUUACGUUGCAAAUAGGGUACUCAAAGGCUUACGCCUAUUUCCCUCAAUAAACUGAACUGAACUGAACUGAACUCUCAUUCAAAUAAGAGCCGGAGGAUAUAUCACCUGAAAGAUAUAAGCCUCUCCGCAGAAUCUUCACAGAAGGAUCUCGGGGUUUGGAUACAGAACAACCUGAAACCAACACUGCAGUGCUACGAGGCUGCAAAAAACGCUAUGGGAGUGCUCCAUGCAAUCAAAAGAGCUUUCGUUAACUUUGACCAAGACCUUUUUGGGAGAGUUUAUGACACUUUUGUUCGGCCCCACUUAGAAUAUUGCAUACAAGCAUGGCGGCCAUGGCUAGUAAAUGACCAAGCAUGCCUCGAACGAGUACAACGGCGUGCAACAAAGCUGGUAAACGGUCUAAAACGCCAAUCCUACGCAGACAGACUGAAUUGCCUUAAUUUAUUCCCUCUAUGUUACAGGCAGCAAAGAGGUGAUCUUAUCCUCGUCUACAAGGUAAUGCAUGACCUUGAGCAUGGAUUUAAAUUUGAGGACAUGUUUCAGUGGCAUCUUUCACGCAAUCUUCGCGGUCACUCGAUGAAGUUACGGACAACAAUGUCCAGGCUGAAUCUUCCUUCGGAAAAUUUCCCGCAGAGGGUAGUGGAGCAAUGGAACGAUCUCCCACAGUCACUCGUGGAGGCUGCGCCUCUGCAACUCUUCAAGGAGGGCUUGGAUGAUUAUUUGUGUCCCCUGUUUUCCCUCGACGGUCUGAAUCUGAACUAA